AUGCCUUCCAUGCAUGUGCCUGGCCUCCAGAAUGUCCAGAGAAACCCCCCUCAGAUCAAUUGGAGUGUUCUGUACAGGAGGAAGCACCACAAAGGACAAUCAGAAGAGGUACAAAAGCGGUACAAAAGAAACGUACACGCCAUGCUGUUAAAGGGCCAUAGAGCAAUCACAGGUACUUCUUUGGCUGAAAUGGCUAAGAGACACCAGAACAGUGAUGGGAUUCAGCCAAAGCCUGAAGUGUGAAAAGCUCAAAGGGAACAGGUCAUUAGAGCUGCCCAGGAGGCAAAGAAGGCUAAGCAAGCAACUAAGAAAACAACAAAGGGCCCCAACAAAGAUUGCACCAAAACAAAAACAUUGUGA